AGAAGUUGUUGGCUACUUGAGCAAUUUUCUGCAUGCAAGUUUUAUGAACAAUACCAACGGCAUGGCGCAAACGCGAUAUCAAGAAGUAAGAAGAUCAAGAGGGAAUACGAAUAGAGGCACAUCAAAAGCAAGAGCCAUGUCCUUUAGGAUGAGGAAACUGCGUGUGGCCUCCAGCACUGCCCUUCAGUUUGCUACUUUAGCCGCAUUGACUUCGACGAGAGCAAACGUCACUGGUGGCCCACGUGCUACAUACCUAGACGAGGACUUGCUCCGUAAUUACUUUUCCACCAACGGCGUAGGCGUACAUGAUGUGAUUGGUCAUCAAGAGGAUGCUCCUCCUGUAGCUGUUCCUGGUCAAGAAGAAGGAGAGGACCAGCAGUGGCAGAACGUAGAUCAUGUCGAGAGCAUCAGCAUACCUCUCCAGGAUACGCGUGACGUACAGCUACAGACGAAGAUUGGGAUAGGGUCGCCACCGCAAUGGUUCAAAAUCGUUGUUGACACAGGCAGUUCGGACCUCUGGGUUUUCGCAAAAAACUGUACCACAACCAGUGCUCCUGGCGACAUCUUCAGUGGUGUCACAGUCACUUCCAGUAACCGUAUCGACGACUCUUCAACAUCUUCGAGCUGGUCGUCCUCAUACGAUUUGAGUAAGUCAAAAACAGCGAAGGCUCUUGGAGAUCGCGUCACUUUCCAAUAUGGUGACGGCACAAGGGCAUCUGCGGUUUCCUUUCGCGAUGAUGUCAUCGUUGAUCAAUACGCAACUACUACAAGCAGAAGUGCACGACGAAGAGGAGGUGGAAGAUCUUUCAGUGAAAAUAGAGGCGCUUUCAGCCCUAAGAGAACGAGUCUAGUAUCGCAUAAUGUUGCACAGCAAAUGCAGGAGGCAGAAGGUGACGCUGAUAGAAGUAAUAAGGACCAGAGCACGAGCAGCACUUCUUCGAAGUCUCAGAUAGCAGAUGCUGUAGCUUUACUAGCAGAUGAAGGUGGUCGCGUCAAUGUCAAGCACACUGAAAGUGUUGCUCACAAACAAGACGAGGACGCCACCCUUGUGAGGCAGCAAUUUCUGCUGCGGACAGAUCGUGUACGGCACACGCGCGCUGGAUAUGAGAUGCACGCUGAAGGCGUUUUGGGCUUGGCGCACUAUUUUGACGACGUGAGCGGCCCUAGACCAGCAGUGGCGAAAACGUUCCUCCGAACGUUUUUCGAGCAGCAUCCUUACAUGAAAAAGGAGUUCUCGAUUUGGUUGUCCAAGGCGAAGACUUCCAAGAAAAGUAGAAUCAAGAUAACUACAGAAACAAUAGAGAACGCAAAGUCAUCAAAGAUGCAGCUGCAAGAUGAACGUGGGGCAGUGGUCUUUGGGCGCAGAAGUUCUUCUCGUAGGAGCAGAAGUCAUGUUUUCGGUGGUGCUAGUACCGCUAUAACGCUAUUUUUGGGUUCAGAACAAGUACUAGAGGAGCCCUCGUAUCUCUAUGGGAAGAGGCACUACAUGGAGCAGACGUCUUUGUGGAUCACGAGUGUCCUGUCGCUUGGAUGGGCGACCAGAGGAGAACGACAGAAGAGCAUUCCUGAAACAUCUAGUAGUGGUGCGAGUACGCCUUCAUCGGGUUCAGCAAUGGCAUCUUCUCCGACAAGAACAUCAACAUCUUCUACAACAAGAUCAUCAAAUGCAGAAGAUGAAUCAGAAUCGUCCACGAGAGCCUCGCUUCCUCCGACCUACACGUUUUUUGGUGCGGGAGGUAGUGAGGGUGCUCCAGCUCUCGUAGAUUCCGGUUCUAGUUUUUUGGUUGUCUCAGAACCAAUAUUCGACUACCUUUUCGAGACGACGCAACUAGAAAACUGCGAAGCGUAUCCAGGGAAAGAUACCGUGCGCAUUUGCGACUGUCCCGUAGGUGAGAAAAUGGCUUUGCUUGCACCUGUGACAGUAACGCUGCUAGAUCAUCACGGCGGGUCAUUCCCGCUCUGCCUUGCGCCGCCUGAGUACCUGUUGCGUACUGAAGACCCGCGAACAGGAGAGGCUCGCUGUGUCCCAGCAAUCGAACGGGGCUCCCCGAAUCAACCGGUGCCCGUGAUUCUCGGCCUCGUUUUCUUACGCACCUACACAACAGUAUUCGACUUGGACGAGCACCGCAUUGGCUUUGCCAGAGCAAGAAUCACGCCACAGGAUGCACUAGCUGCGAGUACUUAGACAAGGACAAUCUUUUUAACGAAAACCUUUUUUUUGCUGAUCUACAUACGGUAUACACUACUUACUACCUGAGGACAUAUAUUAACAUUGAAAUCCCGACUCUGAUCCUGCUCUUUUUUACAUGAUGUGAUGAUGAAGUUGAUGCGCAGUGCCUGUGUCAUUUGGCAGAGUUGUCAUUAAUACAGCAAGAGAGACGAACCCGGUCAGGGCAUUGAUCUUGAUGCUUUUCUUCAGGUCGUGAGGAGCUAGAACGGGACGUUUUUCGAGCCUGGUGUCCGCGGUGGGACGAGGUUGUUGCCGAAGCUAAGGGAAGCACAGGCUUUUUUGCGAGUCACGGCUGGUCUUGGUUAGGGCUCGAGAUGCGCAUUGCGGGCCUCUGCUCUAUGCCGCUCUUUUGGGCCUGUCUCGGUGUUGCAGCUGGUGCCGCGCUUUUUCAGCUAGUUGUAAUGCGAAUGCCAACGGUUCGUCGUGUUUUGCUUGGCCCAGACGAGUUGCUUGAUAGGGCGACGCAGCCUGACGAAGCGAGUAUGUAUGUUGAAUGA